AUGAUAACAAAGAAAGCUGCGAAGCGUAUUUACUCUGUGAGACUUCUGAAAAGGGCGGGCAUUGCAGAUACGGACUUGGUCACUUUCUACUCAACGUGCGUAAGAACAGUAUUGGAGUAUGCUUGCCCUGCAUGGUUUUACAGUACUACUGAAUACCUUAGAGAACAAAUUGAAUCCAUCCAACGCAGGAUCAUGCGAAUAAUUUUCCCUGAUACUAGUUACCAAGAAGCCUUAGAUCUUGCUGGCAUCCCUCGGCUAUGUGUGAGAUUGGAAGACCUGUGUGACAUGUUUUUCUCCAACAUCAUGAAGGAAAACCAUAAACUACAUGACCUUUUACCACCUACUUACCAAACUCAUUAUAAUACCAGGUCCCAGGCCUCUGGAAUACAGUUCCAGUUGCCAACAUAUGAAACUAAUAGAUCUCGAAACAAUUUUAUUGUCAAAUCUGCUGUGAAAUGGAACAAUACGAUUAGGAAGAACAUAGGGAAUUAUAGCCCUACAUAUUUUUAA